CAUCCACCUUCGGCCGCCCGUCACCACGACACCUUUCCUCUUCGCUCCUCCUUUCCCUACGCCUUUCAAUCCCCGUCACGAUGGCCCAUUGUGAGCGGGCUUCGAAGCCUUUGCUCCAAUGCCUCCACAAGGCUAGCAGAGGCCUCCCCGGCCUCCAGCUGCAGUCGACCCGGGCCUUCCAAACAACGGCCCUUGCUCGCGAGGAAGCUCAGACGGAAACUAAGAGCCAGCCAUUUCACAAAUCCCCCGACCCGGAGCUGGUCUCGAGCCCUCAACUGGAACGGCGAUUGCUACGACAGGGUAUCUCUCCUAUCGGCUCCCGUCGACGUCGUGCGGCCCUGCAGAACUCGGCCAACAUCCCCUUCGAACAAUUGCCGUACCAGUGUUUCCAGGAGGCCCGUAAUGUUCUGAUUGGCGACCGCGCAGAGAAACUGAAGGAUGUGACGGCAAUGAGGGAGAAGAUCGCCCGGCUCGAGGCCAUCCCCACGGAGGAAGCCGGCGGGGAGCAGGUGAAAAAGUCGAAGCUCGGGGCUAUGCAACGCCAUCUCGAGCAUCUGAAGAUUCUCGCCGACAUCAACGAUCCGAUAGUGAAGAAGAAGUUCGAGGAUGGACAGGGUGACAUGAGCAAACCCAUCUAUCGUUUCUUGGCCGAUCGGAAGUGGAGGGAAUACCGACGCAAGAUCUUGGUCCAGCGCAUCACGCAGAUGAAGGUCAUCCCCGACGUUCUUCCCCACUGCGACCCCGUGGCGGACACCAAGCUGUACUUUGGCAGAAAUGCGGUGCAGCCGGGAGAUUUCGUCAACUCGCAGCUCAGCAUGGUUGCCCCCAAGCUUGAUGUGCAGCUCUUCGAGCAGGGCGAGAAGCUUGUGACCGUUGCCGUCGUCGACUCCGAUAUCCCCAACGUCGAGAAGGACGGCUUUGACUACAAGAUGCAGUAUUUGGCCGUUAACGUCCCCAUCUCGGUCACCUCGAACAAGGUCGAUCUCGGCAGCCUCUCGACCGACUCCCAGGUGGUUCUGCCGUGGGUGCCCCCUGUGGCUCAGAAGGGCAGUCCCUACCACCGACUGUCCGUCUUCAUUAUGGAGCAGAAGGACUCGAAACCAUUGGACUUCGCUGCCGUCAAGGCUAAGGAAACGGAGCGCGACAACCUGCUACUACGAACCCUCCAGGCCCGCUAUCACCUGAAGGCCAUUAGCGCGCACCUGUUCCGAACCCAGUGGGAUGAGACCAUGGCCGCCGUGAUGAAGCAGAUUGGAUAUGCCGACGCAGACUUGGAGCUUCGCCGGAAGAGGAGCGAGGCUCUUCCUUACAAGAGGAGAAACCCCUCGACCUUCCGGUGAACCCUCACCCGCAUUUUUCUCCCUUUUUUGCGUCUCUUGGUGUUUCUAUCAUUCGGUCCUCGCUAUGUACUGUACAAUUGAUAUGUAUGAAUAUGCACAAAUUUCCCACAAUUUCCCAACCUUCCAGUCGGAACUCCAAACUCCGUUGUAUGUAUACAAGAUGAGGGCGAAUCAGUCGUCGGACAGCUGGGCCGGCUGCAUCGUGUUGCGCACCCAUUGCAUCUUCGAAGGCGGCCAGACGCGACCGAUGAUUUUCCCAUUGAUCAGUCCCAUCGGUAUAGGGCCGUAAUUUCUCGAAUCCCUCGACCAGGGAAGGUUAUCACCACCCACGUACACAUGG